ACUGUAUGCAGUUGCAUGUAUGGUCAUAUUUGGAUUCAUAACUCGUAUGAAGUUCUAUGCUGAUCCAACCAAAUCAGAAGAUCUUUGUCUUUCACUUCACGUGUCAAAUGAGACCCUCACCCCUCUAACUGGCACCAGACAUCUACUGGUGUCCGCCUACUUGGAGCGCAGGUUGGAGGAGAACAUGGUGCGAAUUAUCAGUGUGUUCAAGAGAGACUCAGUCCAGGAUCUCUUCUGUGUGUUCUGCUGCGUUGAUAAUGUGUCCACCUCGCCCGCUCAGGUGCUGAUGCACUCUGAUCGCUUUGGCUUCCCCUUUGCUACCGCCGACAUCCUCUGUAAGAUUCCUGCUUACUGCAGCAUUGUGCCAUAUGUCACGUUGACGCCACAUGCCAAUGUCAAUAGUACACUGAAGCAGCCCUUCCUCCCCGUCAAAAACCUGCUGAGUGGAAAGAAGAAAGAGGAGGAGGACUACCAGUUUAACUUCACCGUCUGCAUCUCCAACCUCUUUGGGAACUACAACAAUGUGCUUCAAUUUACCCAGAGCCUAGAGAUGUACAGAUUACUGGGUGUUGGCAGGGUGGUGGUGUAUAACACUAGCUGUGGACCAGAGCUCGACAGGCUGCUGAAGAGCUACAGUCAGGAGGGCUUUGUGGAGGUGCUGCCCUGGCCCAUUGACCUUUACCUCACUCCAUCCCCUGGCUGGAAACCAGAAUGUGGAGGAGUUUUUAUGAUCCAGAACCAUAUAUUCCCGAAAACCCAGUUUGAUCCGAGUGGAAGGUACCAUGUACCCUACUGGGGGGUGCCCGGUGUCAACAUUUUGGAGCACAUCUACAGAGGAGCCAAACUGGAAAACAUACACCCAUUCAAGAUGGUAGUCCAGCCAAGAGGGUUGGUGCAGACAUCAGUGCACAGCGUACUGCACAGCUUCAAGGAUGUGGUGAAGGUUCCCCCAGACGUGUGUCGGAUCAUCCAUGUCCGAGUUGCCCUGCAAAAAGCACUGACAAAGAAUGAACUACAUCAGGAUACCAGAUUAUGGGACUACCACAGACAACUGAUCCCCAACGUGGACAAGGCCCUAAGGAGGGCAGGGCUCCUGAAGUGAAAGGGUUUGUGGAUACCUGGCGGUAUCCAUUGUAGCUUAAAGGAUGUAAAGACCCUAGAACUCUGACGAUGUCAAUUGUCAUUUUAUAUCAGUGUCAGAUAUAUCAGCACCAUCUAGUGGUACUUCUUUGCUAUGGCACUCACCUGUUUCCACACGAAUCUGCUGAUUGCAGUCCCAUGAAUGUAAUGGUAAUAUAAAAUCUAAUGUAUACCCUACAAGAAAUUCAAUAAAAUCAU